AUGCUGCGAAUGCUGAAGCGGUCACGACCUAUCCUUCAAAGCUCUCGCACGAACGGGAUUCCCGAUAUUGAACCAGAUGACACUCCAGUGCACGCGUCUUUCCUCAAGCCUCACAGCAGCAGUCCCUUGGCUCCGCUCUUGUCUUUGCACGAACAGCAGAAAGCGUCACACAAGGCUGGAGGCGCAGUUGAACUCUCCCUCCAGGACGCACAAGCAGCAACUGCUCCUGAGCACAGCAGUCCCAUUCUCUCUGCUCCUUUCCCUCCAACUAGCGCUGAGAGGUUCCCCAUUGGCCAGAAUCUCCUCGUCGACUCAGAGACGCCUAUUCGCAGAACUGAUGCGUAUCCUGGUUCUGGGCAGCGCAAGCGCGUUGAACAAGUCGACAAUGGAAUCCCACCCGAAGCGCGUUUCUUAGGUCCACUAAGUUUCUGCGAUGACCGGGAACUGCCGGGCCCAGAGAUGAAUCUGGCCGCCCCUGAAGACGUGUAUAUUCUCGAUUUUGAGAACGUCAUCCACACGAACACGCGAGAGCUCCUUCAGACCACUGUACGCGCGUGGCGAAGAAUAGAGAGUGGUUCUACGGAACACCUUCAUUCUGCAUUCAAGCAACACACAUGCAGGAAACUUGAGUCGGAGAACAUGUCUAUCCGGAGUGAAGGUGAAGUACAGCAGGCGUGUAGCCUCGAUGGAACGGCGCCCACAACUUCAUCUGUCUCCUUGCCACCAUUAUUUUUGUCUGCUCGUUUUGGGGGCGAGGCGCCGUUCUGGUUGCGCGAGCGCGCCCGUGAUUUACGCCGUUCCUUAGCUCUUCGAAGCGUAGCAGACUUCAUGGUGGCGCUUCGGCGGGUCCUCGAGGUUGUUGUAGAAACAGAAGCAAAACGAGGGGAGACCGUCGACGAGUUCGUGGAAGGACGCCAGCGAGCCUUUGACGCGCAGUGGAGAACGAUGGACGACGUAGAAAGAAUGUGGUUACUGACUCGCGAGGGCGACAUGGGCGCCGUGAGAGACGUGUUUGCUUUCAAGCGAGCCGGCGGGGUGUUUCCGUGGGUUGUCAGAAGUCUCCGCGGCUGGGAAAAGCAAGGAGGAGCCCGCCGUGCCGAGCUGUAUCGGCAGUAUGGUGUGACCCCAGAGCAACUGCAAGAAGAAUUUGACUCUGCUCGGAGAGAAUGGCAAAGAAAUGACCUGCAGGGCUGGGAGGAGCAUGUCAAAUAUCGAAGUGACACAGGCCAUCUGACGCCUAACGAUGAGCGACGUGAAGCUUACGAGGGCUUCAACCCAGCCGCCAUAUGCCUGAUCAACAACCACAUCAACACAGGAGUGGACGACGGCGCAAUCCGGGAGAAAGUGGCAUUGGUGAACUCAAUUCUGGACAGGUGGAAGCCGAGAAGCGACUUCUGGCGGCCAGCGCACGUGGUUGAUGGCAACGUGCACAGUCUUCUGGCAUUGUCUCGUGACAGCGGAAUCAAAUACCUAAAGGAAAGCAGCCAGCUGGUGAAGCUGAUGGGCACGCCGGCAGACAUACCUGCCCGACAGUGGACCCAUGGUUUCACGAGUUGUCCUCCUGAAUGGCUCGAGGCCUACAAGAUGAUGCCGUGGUUGCGGUGGACAGGCCUUACAGAAAAGGAAGAGACCAUCCUGCAGGACUUCACUAUGCCGCCACCAACUGAAUCUCCCAUUACGAGUUCAAUCACUUAUUAA